AUGGCGCACCAUCAAGAGGUGCGUCCGUUGUUGCCAAGCCAAUCCACCAUCAGUAGAAUACCUGAUGGGAGAUCUGCCAGAGUCAUGUAUCACCGAGUCGCGGCCCUUCACGAACAUCGGGGUCGAUUAUUGCGGUCCGUUCUAUGUCAAGGAGAGAAGGGAUCGCAAUCGCCGAAGGCCAACAGGGAGUUGAAAGAACUUCAUCUCCUAUUACAAUCCGACGACCACCAAGAGAAAGUACAGACCUUCCUCACCGACCGGCAGAUACAAUGGUCAUUUAACCGUCCGAAUUCACCACAUUUUGGCGGUUUAUGGGAAGCCGCGGUGAAAUCGUUUAAACGGCAUCUUAUUCGCGUCGUUGGCACGGAAUUCUUGAUCUUCAAACAUCUCAAUACUCUGGUUAUUGAGAUCGAAGCGAUGUUGAAUUCCCGUCCACUUACUUCCAUCUCCACAGAUCCUAAUGAUCUCCCGGUCCUCACUCCCGGACAUUUUUUGAUAGGUGACACAUUUACAAACAUUCGGGAACGAGAUCUUAGGACAACCCAACCAAGCCGGUUAUCUAGUUGGCAACGUAUCCAUCAGCUUAAGCAGGAAUUUUGGAGUCGAUGGUACCGAGAGUACUUCAACGAAUUAACCAGCCGUAGCAAAUGGUACAAGGGCAAACAUGGCAUUCGUGAAGACACCAUCAUAAUUCUCCGAGAAGAUAACGUUCCAUCUAUGCAUUGGCCCUUGGGCCGAGUCAUUAAGGUCCUCCCAGGAGCCGACGGAAUUAUACGGACAGCCACGGUGAAGACAGCGACGAAUAUCCUGGAUCGCGGCGUCAAACGGUUGAUUCCACUACCCUGUCAACCCGAACCGGAGGAACCCGGACAACCACGAAUAGCGGAGAACGCGGACGAAAGUUCCCCCUGA